AUGAGCGGCGAGCCUUCUCGUCCGGGGCUCCAUCCGCUUUCGCAUCUCAAAGCUGGGGCGACAAUCUCCAGCUCAAAGUCAACAGCUUCGGCAAAUUUGCAGCCAUCUUCGCAAGCUUCACAUCGUCCUCGGCUACAGAAGACCUCUAGCCGUGAUAGCCAGGUUGAUGCGACGGGCGACAAGGCUACCGACGCCUUAAUCCGACGCGUCUUAUGUCCCCAGACGGGUAAUUAUGGAAGUGCAUCAACACUACAGUCCCCAGAGGAGCUGUUGCCCCCGCUCACAAGCUCGAACGAAGUAGACCGUCAGCUAUAUGCCUUGGUUGCCAUUAUUGUCAAAGAAUUUGUCCUUUCCUGGUAUUCGAAAUUUACUUCGGAUCAGAUCCUCGUCAACGAAGUGGUCCAGGUGAUAGCGCAUUGUACGCGCACCGUGGAACAGAGACUGCGAGAUGCUGAUGUUUCACAACUAAUUUUGGACGAGAUACCAGCUUUAGUUGAAGGGCAUAUUAUCUCGUACAGACUAGCUAGGGAACAGUCUCAGUUAUCCGGACUUACGCCUUCUAUUCGCGAAAUUUAUCAUAGUCUAAAUCCUCAUCCGAGCCUUUUCCCAAUCCCAAACCCGACGGAUACCCACACCGUCACCCAGCAAGCCGACCAUGAAGCUAGAUAUCGACAACUAUUGGCGAGCGGAGUGUUGGCUGUGCUCCUGCCAACGGAGGACCUAGAAAAUGCCUGCUUGCGGACAAUACUUUGUGAUAUCUUGGCAGACCUGAUUAUUGGAAAUCAAGUUAGUGGGAGGAUGUGUGAAGGGUGGUUUUUGUGGGAGAGUGUCACAAAAAUCCUUGACGUAGUGGGAAGCCGGCCGAGUCAUGAGAUUGAUGCAACAAUUGCAGUACCACAUGAGCAGAGUCAGUUACAGAAGUUUGGUUUGCUAUCCCCCAAGGAAGACUUCCAGAAAUGUCAUUCGUCGUCUAAUGUACAAUUACGAGUCCCGGAUUGGGUGUGGAAUAUCCUUCAGCUUGGCUAUCUAGCCUACGUGACCUUACGUUUCAUCGUGACGGGCAUUUUUCGCGUUGCAUUCACCCCAGUGACCUCAUCCUCGCCUUCUCCAUCUGCCACCGGCCACGCAACCGAGGCACCGGCUUCAUGCAACCCUCCUUUGAAGCGUCCUGUCCUCGACUAUCGACUAUACGGCAUGCUUUCGCAGUUACUAGAUAUUCCCCGGCGGAUGCCGUGGUUGGGAGGGCUGCUGGCACUCUUCCAAUACUUGAUCUUGGCAGGCCCGGGCCAGUUAGGUGACACUGAUAGUGUUCUUGAUAGGUUCCUUCACGAGACCAUUCAGAAUCAUGUCUUGACCCCCACCUUAUUGCCCAAUUUGCUUCGCGCGUCCAGGGCGGCACUCUUCCCUUCGAAUUCCCGCCCAAUUCUGGCGGCCACGGCGAAUCAAGAUAGCGCUCAGGCUCCGCAUUUGCCCGUACAACCGCCAGCGUCCCCUACGGAAACGAGCUCGGCUAGCGAGGCCGCUGGCGCAAGUAACGCCAGCAGUAGAGUCUCAACGACGAGUAUCUCCGCGACUGCGCCUCCCUUAUCGCCGGACCAGCGCCCUUCCGCGGCCGAAAUCGCUGCCAUCAAGCGAAGGUGCGCAGUGAGCAUACUGUCAUUGGUCCCUCGUCCUGUUGCGCGGCGCUUCUUGGGCGCUCCAGCGAGAAUGAUUAUUGGACAGCCGCCCCCUGAGUGCCAAGAAGAUCUCAGGGCUCCCAAUGAACAGCAUCAACCGUCGGAAACAGUUUGUGCCUUAUCACCUGAUCUAUUGUCGGACGAUGAUCUAGAAGGAUCUCUUCUCCUCGCGACGAUAGAGAAUGAUAUUCUGGAUCUAUUCGCCGAUGAAUAUUGCAACAAACAUUUAAUUUACUCGAUCAUUGAAACGGUUCUGGCGAAGCUCCUCCCUGAGCUGGCAGAGCGCAGCAUCACGGAAUUGAUGGAAGAUAGGGGCGUGUCUUUAGACAGCGACUGA